AUGCGCUCCGCCAUCUUCUACCCGCUCGUUGCGUCCCUCCUCGGACACGCGGCCAUGGCCUCGCCCGCCACCACGACCGGUCCCGAUGGGCCAGACGCUGGCACCCACGUCCGCAGAGGCGACUCCUACCACGUCCACUGCCCCUCGAGCAUCCUCAACGGCCCCCUCAGGAAGCCCUGCUACGAGGACACCUACUGUCUGGGUAGCGUGUACCAAGUGAGGAGUAGCGACAAGUCGUGCUGCAGCUCCUGCAGCUGCGUGAAGGACUAA